AUGGACCUGCCCCGGGUGGCUCCCUGCGUACCGGGUCUGGCUGCCCUAAAAGCCGACGGUGACGACCGGUACGUGGGAACGCUUCAAGCCCAGGCCGGCCCCAUGCGGGUAAACCUUUCCGGCACUCUCAAGGUAGUCUCUCAGGAUGCCGACCAGGGCGAGGCCCAGUUCCUGUUAGAGGCCGCUGACCGCCGCAUCGGCGGGUCGGUCAAAACCACCAUGACCCUCCAGUUAACCCCCACCACCGACGGUCAAACCGAACUUACCAUCGCCACCGACACCGCCUUCAUGGGCGCCCUGGGCACCCUGGGCCAACCAAUAAUCCGCCGCAAAGCCGCCGCCACCGUAGAAGAGUUUGCCAGGAAUUUGGCGGGGUUGGUGGGGAACGGGGGGUAG